AAAAUCUUAAUUUUGUAUCGGAAUUUCCGGAAAUUUUAUCCGCAUUUUCCAGAAGCAGCUUACAUAUGUUCUGCUACAUCCGGAAACAAACUCGUGGGUUCAGUGUCAAGAUUUCUAGCUAGCUGAACUCGAAAUAUUUAUCAUGAAUUAAUGCUUUUGAUUUUCCUCCACUAUGUCGGGCCAAAAGAAGCAAAAGGGACAUUAUUUCAGCGAUCCACGGUUGUUGUCGCGUGUUCGACAGUAUGUCAAAUAUGCUAAUGCCUCAAGGAAACCUGUUGUUGCAAGUGUUAUGGCAGAUGACCUACAGAAUCAAUUCAGCGAAUAUUCCAGGAAGAAAAAAAAUGCUUUCACAAAAUCAGUUGAAAAAGCAUACACAGUUGUCCUAAAGGAAACCGAUGUGGACAACACCAACCAACUGGAAGACCAACAUCUCCGAAAAAGACAAAAAACUAGUACAAAUAAUCAAAGUUUGCCAGAAUUCGACGGUGAUGGUGAUUCCUCGGAUUCAGAUGCAAGUUUCUCCUCCAACCCUGACAAUUAUGUGUCAUAUGAAGAUAGAAAUGGAAUGAACAGCAUGAUGACAAGUCUUUACCAGAAAAGCCCCAGGUCUGUGCCUAGUAAAGAUAACAGUAACUCCAAACUUUCCUCACCCUGGUACGAUUCUAGUUCACAAACUUCUAAAAAGGAUUCUGCAAUUUCAUUUUGUGACCAAAUUGACUUGACUGGUUCUCCUAGCUCAUUUGUAUCGAAAGAGGAUGAAGGAAAUACAAAUCAAAGUGGAUUACCUGAGGAAAUGGAUGCUGAUGGCGACAGUCCUGCAUUCUUUAUUGAUCGUGUAGGGUCAAAGGGAAGUAACUCCACACCUAAUGAUAAGUCUCAACAUCAUAAUAAACCUGGUGCUGAUGCUGGUGAUCUGAAUGACCAGAAGUCUAAAAAGAAACGUACGAAGGAAGGAAGUGCUAGAAAGGUUAUAAAGAAAAGGAAAAAGAAGGAUGAUGAUAGUGGUGAUGAAAAUCAAGGAAAGAAAAGCAAAGGGCCAGAAGUGCAGAUAUCAUCAGCGACAUUUGCUGAUUUCGGCGGCAAUGAAGAGUGUUUGAUGGAGGUAUGUAAGCUGCUUGUCCAUAUGAAACAUCCAGAGGUAUACCAGCAAUUAGGCGUGACUCCACCUCGAGGAUUCCUCCUGCACGGACCCCCAGGCUGUGGCAAGACUCUACUGGCAAAUGCCAUUGCUGGGGAGUUGGGUUUACCUUUCAUAAAGAUAGCAGCCACAGAGGUGGUGUCGGGUGUGUCUGGGGAAUCCGAGGAGAAGAUCAGAGAUCUGUUUGACAAAGCUGUGACUUCUGCACCGUGCAUUGUGUUCAUUGAUGAAAUUGACGCCAUUUCACCAAAACGAGAGACUGCCUCUAAAGACAUGGAGCGUCGGAUUGUGGCCCAACUCCUUACCUGUAUGGACGAUCUUGGCAGUAAAACCGAUUCCCAUGUGCUGGUGAUUGGCGCAACUAACAGACCUGACUCAAUAGAUCCUGCUCUCAGAAGGGCUGGCCGAUUUGACAGGGAAAUUUGUCUUGGUAUACCAGAUGAAAAAGCCAGGAAAAGAAUAUUGCUAGUGCUGUGUAGAGAGCUGAAGCUGACUGAGAACUUUGAUUUUGACUUUCUGGCCAAAAACUCUCCUGGGUAUGUGGGGGCAGAUCUUAUGUCCCUUGCAAGAGAGGCAUCAAUGACAGCUGUUAACAGAGUGUUCCAGAAACUACAAGCCAGUGAUGGGAUACCUGGUACAUCCAGUCAAAACACUGUCAGUAAAGUCGUACCCAGUGACAUCUCCAAGGAAGGACAAACAGACAUCUCCAUAAUAGGACAAACUGACAUAUCCACUACUGGACAAACAGAACCCUCCAAGGAGGGAGAAACAGAUAUCUCUAAGGAGAGGCAGACAGAAAUCUCAAAGGAAGAACAGACAGACGUUUCCAUGGAAAUAUGUACAAAUGAAUCGACCAAUGAUACAACAGCUAAGCGAGACACACAGAAAGAAAUCCAUGCUGAAUUGGAAACAGUGUUGAGUUGGCUGAAGGAACAUCCUCCCCUGAGUCCACAGCAGAUGGAGAACCUCUACAUCACAAUGGAAGAUUUUAUGGAAGCUCUGAAGUAUGUUCAGCCAUCAGCCAAGAGAGAAGGCUUUGCUACCAUCCCUGAUGUCUCGUGGGACGACAUUGGAGCCCUGCAUACUGUUCGAGAGGAUCUACAACUUGCCAUCCUUGCACCUGUUAAACAUUCAGAAGCCUUCAGUGAACUUGGAUUAAACAGAGCACAGGGAAUCCUGCUGGCGGGACCCCCGGGCUGUGGGAAGACCCUUUUGGCCAAGGCAGUUGCGAAUGAAUCUGGUAUCAACUUUAUCUCUGUCAAGGGACCAGAGCUCCUGAACAUGUACGUAGGGGAGAGCGAGCGAGCAGUCCGACAAGUAUUCCAGCGGGCUAGGAACUCCUCACCUUGUGUCAUUUUCUUUGAUGAAUUGGAUGCCCUUUGUCCACGUAGAACAGAUGGAGGGGAGGGUGGCUCCAGUGUACGAGUUGUGAACCAACUUUUGACGGAAAUGGACGGCCUUGAGGAGAGGAAGCAGGUGUUUAUCAUGGGAGCCACAAACAGGCCAGACAUAAUAGAUCCUGCUGUCCUGCGACCUGGAAGACUGGACAAGACUAUCUAUGUGGGGCUUCCCAAUUCAUCUGACCGCCUGGAUAUCUUGAUGACCAUUACAAAGAAGGGAACGAAGCCCAAGCUUGAGGAGGAUGUGAAUUUGGAGGAUGUGGCCAAUGACCCAAGAUGUCAGCGUUACACGGGUGCAGAUUUGGCAGCAUUGGUGAGGGAGGCUUCAGUUUGUGCAUUAAAGACAAUCAUCAACUCUACAGCAGAUAAUAAGCCCUCCCUCAUUGUCACUAAGCAACACUUUGAAUUGGCCUUCACAAGAGUUAGACCGUCCGUUUCAACAAAGGAUCAAGCAAAAUAUGAGAAACUGAAGGAAUCUUUAUCAUCAGAAUGACAAAAUUAAGCUGUUAAAUCUGAUGUAGGAAAAAUGAAUAAAAUUUUGAAAUCAA